ACAAUAAUAGUGGGGUAUGCUGUUUGUUAUUAUUUAUGUUUUAUAAUUUCUCACUAAAAUUAGUGUGUAAUAUUCUUUGAGGUAGAUUGAAUACCAUUAAAUGACGUAUAGGUAUUAAACUACUCGCAUAGUUGAUAAGAGAAGUAAGUAAUUAACAAUUUUUUCAAAAAUGAGGCUGUGCAUUAAAAAUUUGAGGUAUUUAAGUGGAGGAAUACAUUUUUCAAGCACUUCUCAAGUUAAAUCUAGACAGUACUCUCAUGGCAUACCUUUUCUGGAUUUUUACAAGAAAACUACAGGUACAACUAUAUCUGAGGAUCACCUAACAGUCCUCCAAAAGAAGCACCCGCACAUAAUGGAAGUAACACAUGACAGCCUGCAGUGCACACUACAGAUACUACAAAAGUUUGGCAUCACGCCUGAGGAAGCAUGUUGCAACCUCCAUGUAUUCAGUAUGAACCCCAUCACCAUGGAGAAUUAUGGUGAUAUACUCAGGGAAUGUCAAUUUGUAACUAUUUCAGCCAAACUUAUCAUUAAAUACCACACAUUUAUUAGAAAGCGAACUAUAGCUUGGCUGAAAAAGGAAGGACUACUCUCAGAAGACAUACAAUUAGAACAAAUAAUAUUAAACAAGUUCCAGGAAUGGCCAGAGAAUAGUAAAACUUUACAAACAUUCUGUGAUACUAAGACUUCAGUGUUAACAAUUCGAAUGAGUAUCUUAGAAAGAUUUCUCAACUGGAAGUUAGCAGUGUCUUCAGAAGAGUUUCGAAAGUACUGUAGAAACUACCUACCCCUCCAGCACAAGCCAAUGUCAGACAUCCAAGAAGCAAUCAGAAUAGCAGAGAAUGACAUAAAGUUCGACAAAGCGGGAAUCAGAAGAAAUGGCUUUGUUAUUUCCGCUGAUCCUUUACAUACAAAACUCAUUUUAGAAAAUGUUGGCACACUGGCCGGCAUGGAUAUUAGAGAUGUUUUGAAAAUAGAACCAGCUAUAUUGAAGAAUAAUUACAAUUCUAUUAUCCAAGUUCGAAAUAUUUUGGAGGAGUACAGAAUAUCUGAUGAGGCCCAAAGAAAAUGUUUGAAGGUAUACUGCAUGCGACCAGAAACUGUGCGUGAGCGUCUGGAUGAGCUCAGGAGUUUGAAAGAGUACAAAGUCUUAUCUACAAACCCUAGAAUGCUUCUACUCGUAAUACAUAAAAAUAAAAUGCUAAAUCGCCUAACUAAAAUAGAAUCUGCAAAAAAGCAAUGUUUCAGCUUGAAUCACUUAGUAUCUUCAUCGAAAGUGUUUAACAACUACAUCAGCGGUUUUGGCGACAAAGUGUGCGGUAGAGACAUAGCGAUACUGAUUGCUUCUUCUCUCAAAUUGCCAUCUCAAAAUGGUAGAGGGCAGGCAGCGCGCGUCAGCGCUGUACUGAACCAGUUGAGGCGACACAAGUACUGGCUACACGUCGCCAUGAGCGUUAUCGAUGAGAACAUACAGUUCCUUAGAAAUAAGUUCGAUCAUCAAAUCAUUAUUAAUAACUGUUUGAUCCUUCUGUAUCCUGUUUCCGAAGUGAAAUACUAUAUAGAGACGUUGCUAAGCAUGCGCAGUGGCCAGAAAGUGGCUGGUGCACAAAAUAACGAGCUGAGCUAUAGCAAUGUUCGUUACGACUGCCUGACAGACGCACAGAUCCUUAGUUUAGUGUUGUACACCAUUGAGAAGAAAUACUAUUUCAGUGGAGACGGCAUCUGGUGUCGACAGGACGGUUUAAAAGUUGAAACUCAGAAAAACUGACGGUGGUAUCGAACGAAGGUAUAGUCCAAUACUUUGUGAACAGAACUUUAAACCUGGUAUUGCCCAAAAAAAAGAGGAUGAUUAGACAGAAUGAUGCAAGUGAUGUUACAAUGUUUUCCUACUUCAAGUUAGGUGAAGGAAUUUGUACUUUUUUUAGCCGCCGUACUCAGAAUCAUUUAAUGAAAACUGAACUCAUUUCUUAGCAAUACCUAGUUUGCGGAACUAAAUCGUUACUAAGGAAUAAUUUAAGUAUAAAUCGGCAGUAGGUACUUAAAUAGGUACUUUAACUUCUUUGGCAUCAGUGAAUCUCUAAAUUAGCCGAUUGUAAAUACUUGUAUACAAUGGAAAGUGUUACAAAUAAUUAUUGCAAUAUAAUUGAUUUGCUGUAUUCACCUACAUUAGCUCGGAAAAUUUUUCAGGUUGAACCUAAUCAGAUGUUUUGUGAAUUGUGUUUUACAAAUAUUGUCUUCCAGAUCAAAUAUAUAGGUCUUCUAAACUAUCAAAAAUUCGUCACCAUGAAUAUGAAUAAAUAAAAAAUACUUAUUAUUUAAAUGUGAAUUAUGCAACGUGUACAUUAUUGUACCUAUAUACUUAAUUAUAGUGUAUUGAAGUGUAUAUAAAACAUGUAAGGUUAGUAAUAAAACUCACUUU